CCGGAGGGGCGUGGGGGCAGGGACUGGAUUCCCGGCGGAACCGGCUACAUCCGAGUCAGCCCCCGAGUGUGGCGGCCAGCGCUUUCUCGCCCCAGCCCGCCAAGGGUGGGGUUUGGCCCGCGAGGGGCGCUGGAGGUGGCCAGGCCGGAGGAAUUCCUUCCAUUUCCCCGCUGGCUUCCAGGAGUUAGGGAGCUCGGCUGCCAGGACGCCGAGCCGGGAGGGACCAGAGUUGCCCGGUGCAACCCCUUCGUGGGAUUGAGCCGAGAAGCCGAGCCUGGAGAGGGUCUCGUGGAGUCAGGAGCGGACCUGGGAUUAGAAAUGCUGCAGAGGUGCCAUCUCCAGUGGUUUCCAGUGGAGUAAUAAUUUGGGUUGGGGGCUAGUAUUAGGGGUGUGCUGGGAAAAGGAAGGCUGGGCAGAGGUAGGUGGAUUGAGAAUAGUUAUGCCCAAAGUGUGCUGAUGUAGUAGGAGGCUUCAGUGGUGACUUCAGGCUUGGUCCUAGACCCACACCAAGUGAAUUGGAUGAAGACUUGAAAGGGAAGCCAGCCGACUCUUUGUAGUGACCUAGAGGCCUCCACCUUGGACAGAAGCCAGCCCCAGCCCCUCCCUGGUGUUGGCGCCUUCUGCCAGGCCCUGAAGGCCCGAGGGAUGGUCGAGUGUUGUUCAAGGUCUGUUGGUCCAUCCAGAGUGGGCUUCUUGAGGCCACCGGGAAGAGUCCCUAGCCAACCCCGGGAUUCUCCCUUGGUGCAGUUGUCCAGGACCUUAGAGAAUCAAAGCAGAUCGUGUGGAGGAAGCUGUUUCGGAGGGAAGAACAUUGACCUGGGAAGAACACUGGCCUGGCUAAUCAUCUUUUGCUAACAGAAUUGUUUCUAUCUUCUGAGGAAGGCCCUGCUGGGCCUGGGGGUGCUAGGUGGGGAAACCAGCCGGUGACCCAGCUGGGUUAGUUUCACCAGCCCGGACUUGCUUGUGCUUCUGAGCAAGGUGCAGCUCUUCUGGGAGCCCUUGGGUCCGAAUCUGCAAAAUGGGAAGACAUGAAUUAUAUUAGUGGUUUCAAACCAGUUUUAAGCUGUGGAAUCCUUUUCAUCCAAGUAAUAUCUUCUGCAAAAGCCCAAGACAAAGAAAAACAAAACUUUGGCUAAACAUCAUCCUGCCCACACUUCACCUUCACGCAGGUGGCCGUGAAGCGUCUUUGGAAAAUGUUUUAGCAAAGGCCAGAGCUCUCUGAAGACUGGUCCAUGUUGAGACUGUGUGCUGCAGUGGGGGAGCUGUGCUAGGUUCUGACCGGAUCACCGAAUGAUGCUGGUGUGACAUGAAGACUGCUCCAUCCGUGGUGGACAGUAGGGUUUGGAAAGAGGAGAGAUGCCCUGUAUCCAAGCCCAGUAUGGGACACCAGCACCAAGCCCAGGACCCCGUGACCACCUGACAAGCGACCCCCUGACCCCCGAGCUCAGCAAGCCCACCAUGGACCUGGCCAGCCCUGAGGCGGCCCCCACCGUCCCCACUGCCUUGCCCAGCUUCAGCACCUUCAUGGACGGCUACACAGGGGAGUUUGACACCUUCUUCUACCAGCUGCCGGGAACAGCCCAGCCGUGCUCCUCGGCCUCCUCCUCAGCCUCCUCCACAUCUUCAUCGUCAGCCACCUCCCCUGCCUCUGCUUCGUUCAAGUUUGAGGACUUCCAGGUGUACGGCUGCUACCCUGGCGCCCUGAGCGGCCCUCUGGACGAGACCCUGUCCUCCAGCGGCUCUGACUACUACGGCAGUCCCUGCUCAGCCCCAUCACCGUCCACGCCCAGCUUCCAGCCGCCCCAGCUUUCUCCCUGGGACGGCUCCUUCGGCCCCUUCUCGCCCAGCCAGACUUACGAAGGCAUGCGGGCAUGGACAGAGCAGCUGCCCAAGGCUUCUGGGCCCCCCCAGCCACUGACCUUCUUUUCCUUCAGCCCUCCCACCGGCCCCAGUCCCAGCCUGGCCCAAAGCCCCCUGAAGCUGUUCCCCUCGCAGGCUGCCCACCAGCUGGGGGAGGGAGAGAGCUAUUCCAUGCCAGCAGCGUUCCCAGGCCUGGUGCCCGCUUCUUCACACCUUGAUGGCUUGGGGAUGGUGGAUGCGCCCGUGACCUCAGCCAAGGCCCGGAGUGGGGCUCCGGGUGGAAGCGAGGGCCGCUGUGCUGUGUGUGGGGACAACGCCUCUUGCCAGCAUUAUGGUGUCCGCACCUGCGAGGGCUGCAAGGGCUUCUUCAAGCGCACAGUGCAGAAAAAUGCCAAGUACAUCUGCCUGGCUAACAAGGACUGCCCUGUGGACAAGAGACGGCGAAACCGCUGCCAGUUCUGUCGCUUCCAGAAGUGCCUGGCUGUGGGCAUGGUGAAGGAAGUUGUCCGGACAGACAGCCUGAAGGGGCGGCGGGGUCGGCUCCCUUCAAAGCCCAAGCAGCCCCCGGAUGCCUCCCCUGCGAAUCUCCUCACCUCCCUGGUCCGGGCACACCUGGACUCAGGGCCCAGCACUUCCAAACUGGACUACUCCAAGUUCCAGGAAAUGGUGCUGCCCCACUUCGGGAAGGAGGACGCUGGGGACGUGCAGCAGUUCUACGACCUGCUUUCGGGUUCCCUGGAGGUUAUCCGCAAGUGGGCUGAGAAGAUUCCCGGCUUCGCCGAGCUGUCCCCCAGGGACCAGGACUUGCUGCUGGAGUCAGCCUUCCUGGAGCUCUUCAUCCUCCGCCUGGCCUACCGGUCUAAGCCGGCUGAGGGGAAGCUCAUCUUCUGCUCAGGCCUGGUGCUGCACCGGCUGCAGUGUGCCCGCGGCUUCGGGGACUGGAUCGACAGCAUCCUGGCCUUCUCGCGCUCCCUGCACAGCUUGGUCGUUGACGUCCCUGCCUUUGCCUGCCUCUCUGCGCUUGUCCUCAUCACAGACCGGCACGGGCUGCAGGAGCCUUGCAGGGUAGAGGAGCUGCAGAACCGCAUCGCCAGCUGCCUGAAGGAGCACGUCUCGGCCGAGGCAGGCGAGCCUCAGCCGGCCAGCUGCCUGUCACGCCUGCUGGGCAAGCUGCCCGAGCUGCGGACCCUGUGCACCCAGGGCCUGCAGCGCAUCUUCUACCUCAAGCUGGAGGACUUGGUGCCCCCUCCGCCCAUCAUCGAGAAGAUCUUUAUGGACACGCUGCCCUUCUGACCCCAGCCCGGGAACACGCGUGCACUCUGUGCGCACGCUCAUACGCCACCCCACGUGCCUUUAGCCCACGGCCCACGGACCCCUGGAGCACCACCCCUCAGCCUGGGCCUGAGCUGCAGACUGGCCGCCCCUCCCCGCCACCUGCUCUGGGAGGUCGGCAGGGAGUUCAUGCCCUGGGGGAGGGGGAUGCAUUCACAAGGGUGACCCUUACUAUUUGUCUUACCCCGCAGCCCAGCCCUGGUCUUCAUGUUUUUGUAAGAUAAAACCGUUUUUAACACACACACCGCCAUGCUGUAAAUAAGCCGAAUGCUGCUGUAAAUACAGGAAGGAAGAGGUUGAUGUGGGAGUGGGGUUUGGGAGGGAGGGACGGGCCCCCACCAGCCUCCUCCUACUUGCUGUCUUUUCCCGCCCUCCUUCCACGUGUACAUAGACUCACUCUAGGAGGAAGACAAGUGACAGAUUCUGACAUUUAUAUUUGUGUAUUUUCCUGGAUUUAUAGUAUGUGACUUUUCUGAUUAAUAUAUUUAAUAUAUUGAAUAAAAAAUAGACAUCUAGCUGAA